CAAACAGCUGUAAUUUAUUGAUUGACCCGGUGUGGAAGAUGCGAAAAUCAAAACAAUAGUGUCCUGAUUUGAAAAGCAAGUAGCAACCGACUGUUUUGAACGCUGUAAAAUGAUCGAUUGUUCUAAAAAAUCCCCCCAAGCAGACAAACGUAAACGAAUAGAAAUAACUCAUAAUAACCAGACCGCAUUUAGUGUACAUUAUUAUUAAAAAGCAGUAAUUCAGCCCAAUCCAUCAGCGUGGCGUGUAAAUUCCUCACCAAAGCUCUUCUUAUUUUCAAAUCUAAAAUGUCGUACAAAAUCUCCAUGAAAAACGGCAUCAACUGCACGGAAGCACAGUGGAUUAAAACCAACAAUUUAGUGGACACUAGUGUUAAACUUGCGGGAGAGGAAGCCAAAGACCGACUUUACGAACCCAAACACAAAAAGAAGGUUGUGAGAGUUUUAACAGUCAUAGCUUAUGUAUUUUUCGUUUCGUUGGCGGCAAUCAUGCUCUCGUUGUAUUACGUUUUCUUGUGGAACGGAGGACAAAAGACUUUACCCAAAUAUCCGAUGCAACGCGAAACGCAAAUGAAAUGCGACAUUGUUGCAGAAAUGCAACAACAAAUCACCAAUGUUGCAACAAACGAAGUGUUUUCGACGGCCUCGACCACAGACGAAAACACAACGUCACCGGAUUUUGGACUCAGUUUCGACAGUGAUGAAUUUGAGAAGACAAGCACAUUUAUGAAAAAAAUUAUGUACAAAUACCCCUACGAUGAAAACGACUAGGACAAACAAAUACUUCCUGUUUGCUCCCAUGACAUGUUUACAUUUUGUGUAUUACUUCCUAAUAGGGUUUAUUCUGUAUUUUUAGCUAACAUUUUGAUAUAAUGAUUUAUUUUUAUAGACAAUAUUACGGCUUUUAUCCAAAUUAUAGUAGAUUCUACAAAAGUAGGUUUGCGACUUGACCAUUUACGCCGGGUUCAAAAUACCAACCUUUCAGUAGAUAAAUUAAUUUAAUCAAAUCGCAAGCAAAGUUUCAAAACAACACAGGAUUUUGUUAAUUUUUUUAUUAACAUAAAAAACAAUCACAUUUAGAAUCUUAA